GUAAUCCACACAUCUUGUUAAUACCGGUAGGCAACUUAACUUGGGCUCCCAAGAAGGGGAGCAAAUGGGAAACAGGGCCUCGAACGAGCAAACCACUUUUCUCCACGAUUCCUCUCGCCUUCGAUCACACACCCCACGCAUCAUCAUACUCUUCAGCUAGUAUUAACAUAUUCUUACAUACCGGUACCUCGCUAUGCCCCCUAUCACUCCAUCCCAGAUAGCCGCUCUUCAACGGAAUAGUGACAACAUCCGAAACAUUUGUAUUCUCGCCCACGUUGAUCAUGGAAAAACGUCACUUAGUGAUUGCCUCAUUUCCACCAACGGUAUUAUAUCUCCGAAACUUGCCGGGCGCGUUCGCUACCUUGACUCUCGUCCAGAUGAACAACUUCGGGGCAUUACUAUGGAGUCAUCGGCGAUAUCACUUUAUUUCCGUCUAAUGCGACGGGAGGCUGAAGAAGCCGAACUUGCCCCUCACGAGUAUCUUAUAAAUCUGAUUGAUUCGCCUGGGCAUAUCGACUUUUCGUCCGAAGUUUCUACAGCCUCUCGGCUGUGCGACGGCGCAGUGGUUUUGGUAGAUGCUGUGGAGGGUGUUUGCUCACAAACAGUGACAGUUCUGCGUCAGACCUGGGUUGAGCAUAUCCGGCCAAUAUUGGUUAUUAACAAAAUUGAUAGGUUAGUAACCGAGAUCAAACUUAGCCCUCACGAGGCCUACAUCCAUCUUUCAAAAUUAUUGGGGCAGGUCAAUGCAGCUACUGGGAAAGGGUCGGGCACUGAUACACCUACGAGUGGAUACGAAGAAAAGGAUGAUGAGGAUAUCUAUUUUGCUCCGGAGAAGGAUAACGUAAUCUUCGCUAGUGCAAUUGACGGUUGGGCCUUUACUAUUCGGCAGUUUGCUGGGAUUUAUGAGAAAAAAUUAGGGAUCAAAAAAUCGAUUCUUGAGAAGGUUCUUUGGGGGGACUACUAUCUAGACCCGAAGACAAAGCGGGUACUUCAGCAAAGGCAUUUAAAGGGAAGGAAUUUGAAGCCCAUGUUUGUUCAACUUGUGUUGGACAAUAUAUGGGCUGUGUAUGCAUCAACCGUACUUAACAAGGACCAAGAAAAAAUCGAGAAGAUAGUUAAGUCCCUAGGGCUCAAGAUACUCCCUCGCGAAAUGAAAUCUAAAGAUACACGAUCCUUAUUAUCUACCAUAUUCUCGCAAUGGCUCCCGCUGUCCUCGGCACUACUUGUCGCUGUUAUUGAGACCCUACCCUCGCCUCCUGCUGCGCAAAAGCAGAGGAUGCCGGCUAUUGUUUCUAGUGCUCCUGGCUCACGGGAGGUCUCGGAGGCAGUUCAGAAUGCCAUGGUUGGAUCUGACAAGUCAGAAAGUGCACCGGUUAUGGCAUACGUGAGUAAGAUGGUUGCGGGAGCCGAAGAUAAGGAGCAUUUAAUCGGAUUUGCUAGGCUCUACUCUGGAACCAUCAAAAUUGGACAAGAGCUCUAUGUAUUAGGCCCUAAGUACUCUCCUUCGCGUCCAGAUCAGCACAUCCACAAAUUUACGGUUACCGAUCUGUACUACAUGAUGGGACGUGAUCUACAGGUUCUUGAUGAGAUACCCGCAGGAAAUGUUUUUGCCAUCGGAGGAUUAGAGGGUAAGCUGCUCAAGAGUGGAACUCUGUGUAGCAUGGACAGAGGUGGUGUAAAUUUGGCCGGGGUUGGUUUGGGGGCUGCACCGAUUGUACGGGUAGCCGUGGAGCCGAAGAACCCUAGCCAGUUGAACAAGGUGAUUGAGGGCCUCAAGUUGCUUGAGCAAGCAGAUCCUUGUGCAGAAUAUAUUGUUCAGGAAUCUGGAGAGCAUGUAUUAUUGACUGCUGGAGAGUUGCAUCUGGAGCGCUGCUUGAAAGAUCUCAGAGAACGAUUUGCAAAGGUCGAUAUACAAUCAUCGGCACCUAUCGUCCCAUAUCGUGAGACUAUCGUCCCAGCAACAGAAAUGUCACCCCCGAAAGAUCCCAACCUCCCAAGAGGAACUGUUCAAGUAGUCACAGCAUCCAAGCAAGUUUCGAUACGGAUAAGAAUUAGGCCAUUGCCGAGCCGGGUGACAGAAUUCUUGAUCGAGAACAUAGGAUCUAUCAAGAAGCUCUAUUCCGAGAGAAGGGGAUCUGAAGAAGUAGUAGUGGCGGCUGAAAAUGAGGUCUCAGCCGAUCUCGAAGAGAGUGACGGGACACAGAAAGUUAAAGUACUGAGUCUGAGGGAGUUCAAGGAGGGGCUGAAGAAGUCUUUCGAGGGGGUGGGUCAAGAAGUCUGGAAUGAUGUGGUUGAGAAGAUUGCUGCAUUCGGCCCCAGGAGAAUUGGUCCUAACCUUCUAAUUGAUGCCACUGGAAAAGGGCUUUGCCGAAAACUGCUUCACGACAAUGCUUUGGAAUCCCAACGCACACAGACUAUAGAAGACAAAGGAGCCACUCCUGAUAUAGCCCGUGGGUUAGAGGAUCGUAUUUCUCACGCCUUUCAACUGACUACAGCCCAAGGGCCCCUUUGCCAUGAACCAAUUCAAGGCAUUGCUUGUUUUGUCGAAGGGGCUGUCAAUUCGCCUGAUGACGAGAAUCUCGAAGGAGCUGCGGCAAGAAGCAGGAACUACGAAAUUAUUGCAUCUGUUCGAGAUGCUAUGCGCCAAGGGUUCCUGGACUGGUCUCCAAGGCUAUUAAUGGCUAUGUACUCCUGUGAUAUCCAAGCUUCAACCGAAGUCCUUGGGAAGGUUUAUGGAGUCGUCACCCGGCGCCGAGGCCACAUUGUAGCCGAAGAAAUGAAGGAGGGGACUCCCUUCUUCACCAUCAAAGCACUUCUCCCGGUCGCAGAAUCCUUCGGCUUCGGUGAUGACAUCCGGAAGCGUACCUCUGGGGCGGCCAGCCCACAGCUAAUAUUCACCGGCUACGAAAUGCUGUUUGACGAGGACCCCUUUUGGACCCCGUUUACCGAAGACGAAUUGGAGGAUCUGGGGGAGUUGGCCGACAGGGAAAAUGUUGCAAGAAAGUACAUGGACGCUGUCAGGGUUAGGAAGGGAUUGCCGGUGCAGAAGAAGUUGGUUGCAAAUGCUAAUAAGCAAAAAACUUUGAAGAGGUAG